AGGUGUGGAGCUUGAGCAUGGGGAAUUGUGGGCAAGAAAAGUCAUUAUAUUCAUAUGUGUUGACUUUGAACACUUUGGCACUUAUGCGGGGACAGCAGCCAUUGUAAUAAUGAAGGACCAGAGCGAGUGAUGUGAGUAUUGCUCAGAGAUGGCGAACUUCUUCUCCUUCUUCUUCUCAUUUCGUCUCUUAAUCAUUGCCCUACUUCCAUUUCUUGUUCUGGGGAUUGAUGAUUGCGGGGAGAGCAGGUGCAGAAAAGGCGGCCCGAGAAUCCGUUUCCCUUUCAAGCUCAAACACGAGCAAGAUCAGCACUGUGGGUACCCCGGAUUCGAGUUAUCCUGUGACAACAAUGGCAACACUGUGAUGGAAUUUCCGCAUGCAGUGCAAUUACACGUCGAUCGGAUUGACUACGUUUCCCAGCAGAUCUUCCUGUCGGAUCCUCAUGCCUGUGUUCCCGGCAAGAUGCUAUUAAACCUUAAUUUAUCCGAAACUCCAUUCCAGUAUUCCAAUCCCGCCCCAAUCUUGCUUGAGUACUCCCUGUUCAACUGUUCCGAUGAUGCAUCAAAGUAUCCUGAGAAUUUCGAUGAUCAGAUAAUUUCGUGUCUUGGUGUUCCUGGUCACCAAGUACACGCCUUUUAUUCUUUUAUGUCCAUCGAUUAUUUCCCUUCCCCAUCUUGCAUAAAAUUCCAUGAAACUACAUUGCCCUUUCAGAAGGAAACUCUUAGUAGUAUGAGUACUCUUCAACUUAAUUGGUCAAGACCAUCCUGUUCACAUUGUGAGACACAGGGCAAGUUUUGUAGCUUGAACAACACACUAUCAGCAGAAGUUCAAUGCCUUAACAGACCCAAGAAGACAGGAUCCAAAACCCUAAUUAUUGCAGGUUCCAUUUCAGGAUUCUUUCUGGUGGCAAUUGUCACCUUUGGCGCCUACCAGUUUUACACCAGAGGCAAAAUGCAUAAAGAGAAUCAGAAAAGAGUUGAGAAAUUUUUGGAAGAUUACAGAGCUGUGAGGCCAACAAGAUAUAGCUUUGCUGAUAUCAAGAAAAUCACCAAUCAGUUGAGUGAAAGACUGGGAGAAGGAGGUUAUGGAACUGUGUACAAAGGGAAGGUUUCCAGUGAAAUUCUUGUUGCAGUCAAAGUGCUGAAAGAUUCCAAGGGGAACGGCGAAGAGUUCAUCAAUGAAGUCGGGAUAAUAGGGAAGAUCCACCAUGUUAACGUGGUUCGUUUGGUAGGGUAUUGCGCGGAUGGAUUUAGACGGGCACUGGUGUACGAGUACUUGCCAAAUGAAUCCCUGGAGAAAUACAUAUUUUCAACAGAGUCAAAGAAUGUAGCCCUGAGUUGGAAGAAGAUUCAAGAAAUAGCUCUUGGGAUAGCUAAAGGGAUGGAGUAUCUUCAUCAAGGUUGUGACCAGCAAAUCCUUCAUUUCGACAUCAAACCCAACAACAUCCUGCUAGACCACAACAUGAAUCCCAAGAUUUGCGAUUUUGGACUCGCGAAACUGUGCUCCAAAGAGAAAAGUGCUGUCACCAUGACGGCCGCCAGGGGAACCAUGGGCUACAUUGCACCAGAAGUCGUGUCAAGGAAUUUUGGCAAAGCGUCUCACAAGUCCGACGUUUAUAGCUUUGGCAUGUUGCUUCUUGAAAUGGUCGGAGGAAGGAAGAAUGACACCGGGCAGCAGGAGGGUAGUUUUCCAGAAUGGGUGUACAAUCACUUGAACAGAGGAGGAGAGCUGCGAAUUCGUAUUGAGGAGGAUGAUGAUGAAGCAAUUGCGAAAAAACUAGCGAUCAUAGCGCUGUGGUGCAUUCAGUGGCAACCUGUGGAUCGGCCAUCAAUGAAAAUGGUGGUUCAAAUGAUGGAAAGAGAGGGAGAUGACUUGGUGCUGCCCUCUAGCCCUUUUGCAGGCUCUCAAAUGUGAAUCACCACAAUAGUGAUCUAUGUCCUUCUGUCUCUUUUAGAAAGCUUUUUUACAAGAAUGAGUUGUAAGACCAAAAUCUCAAUUUGAAUGGUUUAACACACAAUAUUACUAACACAGUUAGGUCGAAUUUGAUUUGGACAGCACAUGUAAUAACAUAUGAUUACCAUAUUUUUGAAAAUU